ACUCAGUGACUCCGGAUGCAGAUGCUUGUGACCCCGGGUGUUUGUGCUGCCACAGCAACGGGACGAGAGAGAUGGAGGACGACGAGGAGCGCCCACCACGUGCCCUUCCACCGUUGCCAAGAUGUAUCUAUGAGCAAAACCAAAAGGAAAAAAAUCAGAACAAGCAAUGGAGUAGAUAAAUUGAUGAGCUCAACGGGAACGCACCAGUCUGAAAGUAAAGAGCCCCUUACCCCAGAUCUUCAGGACGCUCCUCCUCUAAAGAAAAAGAAGAAGAGAAAAUUACUACCAGUGGGUGAUUCGGAAACCACCUUCAUAGACCAGAAUGUCUCUGAAGUGUGCAAGUUGUAUAGUGGACCAAACAAUGAAUUUUUACGUAAAUCCAGGAAGCGAAACAAGAGAUCACGCCCAACAGUUCACAGCAAUGAACUUGAUGUGGAGGAAGACGACAUUAUCGAUGAUGGGCAAGUUCCCCGGCCUCAAGGUCCUUUUUUUGCCACUACCUCUGGUUCCAGCCAGCCUGUGGAUAAAGUAUUUCUUGAACGAAACCGUCGCUUUCAGGCUGCAGACAGGAUAGAGGCAGAGAAAAUGGCCAAACAAGUCGAGGUGUACAUGGAGGUUAAGUCCACUUGGACAACCAAAGAUGUCUCUUUACAGGUACACCGUGGAUUCAGGAUAAUCGGGCUUUUCUCACAAGGGUUUCUGGCUGGAUUCAUGGUGUGGAAUAUUGUUGUAAUUUAUGUGUUGUCCGGUUACAAUUACUCCUCGAUUAAAAAUCUACUCCACCAGUAUAGCUUGCUUGUUUACCCAAGCCAAUGCCUCUUGUAUUUGUUGCUCGCCAUCAGCACUGUGUCUGCAUUUGACAGACUGAACAUAACUGAUGCAUCAAUGGCACUCCGCAGAAUGGUGACACUAGACACCACAGCACUGGCCUCUUUCUUAUAUGUUUCAGCUCUGAUCCUAUCACUCAGCCAGCAAAUGACCAGCGACAGGUUUAACUGGUACCGGUCACCACAAGAUAUCACCAAUAUCACCCUUUGGCCAUCUGGAUCAGAGAUUUUGACAUUGCACCCUUGGGUUGUAGUGAACCUAGUAGCUGCUAUCUUAGUUGGACUUGCCUGGAUCUUCCUGUCAUAUCAACCUAUGCUUGACCAUACUGAAGAAGCGGAGUAUGGAGCAGCUGUGAAUGAUGUGGUCGAACCUGAUGAUAAAUGCAAAGCAUAAACUGAUAUUGAAUAUUUAAUAUUGAAAUGAGUUAUAAAAUAUUCAAUCUGAA